GUCUCUUUGGUGUCCGCCAUUAACGCGCGGAGGUGACUGAGAGGCAGCGGGCGGCAGCGGCGGGGAGCGGCGAGCGAUGCAGUUUUACAUGCUGAGUUCUUCCAGCAGUUUGUUUUUUGCUUGAGGUUAUCCACUCAAAGGAAGAAAGAAAAUGCAAAUUAUCUAAAUGGAGUGAAUCAACAAAAUGUUGCAGUACUAAGAAAUCUGAGGGUCCUAGUGCAUGAAAUACAAAAGGAAAAAUGUGCAGCUGGACCAUCGUGAAUGAUGGCAGAUAAGAACAGUAAAGGGGAUGAUGCUUCUGUAGAACCUUUGGGGAUCGACAAACAGCCAACUGAGAGCAAAGGAAAAGCAAAAUUGACAGCCCAGGUCAUGCAGAAUCCACAGGUAUUAGCAGCUUUGCAGGAAAGACUUGACAGCGUUGCACACACUCCUUCAAGCUACAUUGAAACUUUACCUAAAGCUGUAAAGAGAAGAAUAAAUGCCUUGAAGCACCUUCAGGUUAAGUGUGCCCACAUAGAAGCCAAAUUUUACGAAGAAGUUCAUGAAUUGGAGCGGAAAUAUGCAGCCCUUUACCAGCCAUACUUUGAAAAGAGACGAGACAUAACAACGGGCAAUGUAGAACCCACAGAUGCAGAGUGUGAAUGGCACAGUGACAAGGAAGAAGAGGAAGAAUUAGCAGAAGAAAUGAAAAAGAAAGCAGCAAUAGAAGAGAAGAAAGAAGAAUCAGAACAGGAUGAGAAUCCCAAAGGAAUCCCUGAAUUCUGGGUCACAAUUUUCAGGAAUGUAGAUAUGCUAAGUGAACUUGUGGAGGAGCACGAUGAGCCUAUCUUGAAACACUUGCAGGAUGUCCGAGUGAAGUUCUCAGAGCCCAAUGAGCAAAUGAGUUUUACACUAGAAUUUCACUUUGAACCAAAUGAUUACUUCACAAACUCAGUAUUAACCAAAACCUACAAGAUGAAGUCUGAACCAGAUGAGACUGAUCCUUUCUCCUUUGAGGGCCCAGAGAUAGUUGACUUUGUAGGGUGUACUAUUGACUGGAAGAAAGGAAAGAAUAUAACUGUGAAAACUAUUAAAAAGAAACAGAAGCACAAAGGCAGAGGGACUGUCCGAACCAUCACCAAACAAGUACCCAAUGAUUCCUUCUUCAACUUCUUUAAUCCAGUAAAAGUUUCUGGACAUGGUGAGGCAGAAAUGGAUGAAGAUUCAGAAUUUAAUUUAGCCACAGAUUUUGAAAUCGGGCACUUUUUCCGUGAGCGGAUAGUCCCUCGAGCUGUUCUCUAUUUCACUGGAGAAGCCAUAGAUGAUGAUGAAGAUUAUGAGGUGGAGGAAGGAGAAGAAGGUGAAGAGGAGGAUGAUGAUGAGGAGGAGGAAGGAGAUGAAGAUGAUGAUGCUGAGAUUGAUCCUAAAAAAGAACCCAACCAGCCUGCUGAAUGCAAGCAGCAAUAGGAGUGUGGUACCAAGGAAACACCACUGCCUAGAGACUGACGCCAUGUGAUAAAGUGUAUCUAAAAUACUCUUGUGCAGUUGAGGCAACACUCCCUACUGCAGCACAAUCUUAUAAGCUAAACACUAUUUUAAAAUGCAUGGGUUGCUCUAACUUCAGUUUUUCUUUUUCCUACUUUUUGCUUACUUUUACAGUGAAAAAAUACAAAAUUCUACUUAAAAAUGCUGAAGGGUUCACGACUGUAAGGUAAAGCAAGCAUGCACUCUGCAGCUCUAAUGAACACUGGUAUUUUGAAAUGUAGUGAGUGUUACACGCUUGUCACUUGCAACUAGGGGCAGCAUUGCUGAGUGAGUCGGUGAUUUUCAUGGUCUUCUGAAGUGCAUCUUUCCUGUGCUGCCCAAUAUUUGUGAGCAGCUACAUAGAGUUUUAGCAUUCUUUCCAUUAAUAUUUAUAUUUAAAUACAUUACAAAAGCUUAAUUUCCUACCCAGUCCAACUGUGCUAUGAUCACCAUUGCUGUUUUAGUCCAAAAUGGUGAUGGUAUACAAAAUAUAUAUACAUGGAGGCUGCGCUGAAAUGUUAUUAUCACAGACUUAUUUAUUACUGUUAUACAGAAACUACUAACCAGCAUGUGGGGGGAAAAAAUCCAAUUUCCUGGACAUAUUAGUUCCAGUUGCAUCCACUUCUCCAGAAAAGAUGCACAUUUAGGAUGUUGUGAGAAUCAUCAUCAGUAUUCCUGUGGAAGUAAAAUCUUUAACACAGAUCUAUUUUUAUUUUUGUGUCCAGCGCACAGCACUGUGUCCAGGCAUAGAGUGCUCCAGCCUUACCUUGUUCUACACAGUUGUAAUGUACCUUAAUAUGCUGUUUUCAAUUUGUACAGAAUAGCCAGAGUAUUCUAAUAAAGUUGUGCAACAUUAAACAAAAA